ACAACAUGGGAUGGGAUCACGAUGGGAUGAGAUAAGCAGAGUUAUUUCGGCGCGUGCGCAUGUUGCAUCGGUCUGUCAAUGCAACAUGUAGAUUUUUGUAUAUCACGUAUCACACAGUUUUUAAUUAUAUAUACAUGUCUAUGUGUAAAUAUUUUUUUCUAAAGUACUUGUGCAGAAUUAAAAUUCAUUCAAAGUAAACAAUUAUAUUUUAGAUAUUCGUUUAAUAAUUCCUAACUUGAUAUUUAUUUUUCACGUGUAUACUUACUAAUAUGCCGUCUUGAAAUUAAUCAAAUAGUUAUUGUACACAAUUAGCCAUUUUUUUUUAUGUUUAGUUUAUUAUAUUUCAAAGAAUUUUUGUGUAAUUAACACUUGUCAACAACAAUGCUAUUAACUUUGAAACCAGACCAUAAGAAACAUAUAUUGUUUCUAACCGAACAAUCGCCGACAGUUCUGCAAGAUUUCUGCAAAUUGGCGUUAGAUUAUCUACAAAAAGGGCCAAAUGUUAAAGUAUACAACGCUGCUGCUCAAAAGUUAAAUGUUGAAUUAGAUGUAAUUAAAAAUUCAGUGGAAGGUUUGGUUAAUCUUUUGCUAGAAAGUUGUAAACAUAAGUUAAAUCCAGAAGAUUUCCGAGAUUCUGUGGUUGCUUUAGGUUUUACGGAAGAAAAAGAAGCAAUACUGAGUAAGUUGUAUAGUAUUAAGAAAGAUGAAGUUUCAAAUGCUCUUAAAGAUAUGGGAUUUAAGCAGCCACAAUAUCACGACAUGGAAUGGAGAUUUGAAGUACAGACUGCAUCAAAAUCUCUUUUGAAACAAGUUGCUCCACUUGUCACUCUAGAUUUAUCUCUGAAAAAUGCUAACAAUCCAGAUGAAAUUGAUCACGUUUUACUACAAACAGAUCCUACAAAUUUACUUCAUAUAACUCAACAGUUGGAAGAAGCUUUGCAGGAAAGUCGCAGUCAACAUACUCGAAGGAUUUCAAGAGCAGUAAAAUGAGACAGUAAAAUGAUUUGUACUUGUAUAUUUGAUGCAAUAAAUACUAUAAUAUAAAAACA